AUGUAUGGCUUUAUGGCUCGCCAGCUAUAUAUCCACAGUUUAGUUGAAAUCCCAAGCUACAAGAAGAGCUACCCUGGGAACUACACUGAUGAUUCAGAGAACUGGAGAUUGGUUGUUGUUUCCCACUUGCUCACCAAAUACAACCAUGACGUGACGGAUAUGAAUAUCUGCACCUCUGCGGCAAAGGGUGUGACACGCAGCAUUGAGAACAUGCUGAGGAGCACCAGACGCUUUCAAAAGUGGACAAGCUCAAAUUUGCUCACUCCCAACCUGGUGCAGGGGUUGUCCAGACCCAUGCUGCGAUGCCCUUCUCAGAGCCUCCUGGAUCGUAUAGUGCACUGUUACACUAAGGUGCUGGAUGAAGGAAGCAUUCUAAUGAAACAUUUCACAGACCACGAUAAACUGAGACUGCUUUACACACUCGCUGUCAAUCAACAUCCUAUAAUGCUACAGAACACCCUCAUUACUGGGCCCUUUGUAAGAUACUACAGGUCUUGUGGGAGAAUGAUGGUAUCAGUGAGUGCCAGUCCCAUCAGGCAGUUCUACAGCUCCUCCCCCUAG